GCUGCUUCAGUAAUUGCGACCGGCCAUACGAACCAUCAGGCCCCCGAUCGCUUCCUGUCCUAUCCGGAUCGACCCGCUGCUCCGCCCGUCCAAGCUCCAGUGCCGGAUCGUGGGCUUCGCGUUGUGAGAAACACUUCACAGGAGGACUUUGUUGCAUCGGGCCCUUCCCAGCACGAACGCGCCCAAGAGACCUCUUGGCGGUUCCGCCUUUCAAUUCCCAUCGAUAAACCUUGAAGACCACAGUGCCAGCAACCGGCCCAACCUAUCCCAUCAUGGCGUCAGGAAUGUCAGAAGAGCAAUUGCGGGCCAUCACGGUUUCCGAGCGCACCAUGUCGGCUCUCUCCAUAGCCGGCUCUCUCUUCAUCAUGGUUACCUUUCUCAAAUGGCACUACUUCCGGAAACCCAUCAAUAGACUGGUCUUUUAUGCUUCUUUCGGCAAUGUCCUCGCCAAUGUGGCUACCAUGAUUGGUACUGCUGAUUUACCAUCCCCCGGCGAGAGUAUACCCUCUUUGUGUACAUUUCAAGGUGUUCUGAUUCAAUGGUUCAUGAUGGCCGACUCGCUUUGGGUCGUAUGUAUGGCUGCCAACGUCAUGCUGGUUUUCUUUUAUAGAUACAACUCGCUUAAGCUUCGUCGCCUCGAGAAGUGGUACCUCUGUUUCUCCUACGGAGCCCCCUUCUCAAUCGUCGUUCUCUACCUCAUCGUCGAAAAGGCUACCCAAAAACCCAUAUUCGGUCCAGCAACGAUGUGGUGCUGGAUUCAUCCUAGAGUCGAGUGGAUGCGCCUUGCUUUCUUCUACGUGCCUGUCUGGUGCUCUCUCACCGUCACCAUCAUCUUCUACAUGUAUACCGGCUACCAUAUUUUCUCUCGUGGGAAAGUAGCUGCGUCUGCUUCAAACCGGGACCCCAUCGUCGAGAAUCCCUUUACAGCUGCAAACGCCAUUGAAUGCAAGACGGAGAUUUCUGUCCGAUACGCGGGCAGUUCGGAGGAAACUGAAUCCACCAUUGCGGACCACAAGCCAAGCAACGAUUCGAGAAGUUCCUUCUCCAGCACCCGCAACCUUUCUAGCAUGAACCCGUCAUCCCCGACUAGCGCCACCGCUGUGCGUCCCAUCGCAUCCAAUCCUCAGGCAGGGGACAAGAAACUGGCUGCAGGGAUACCGAAUGAUUCCGACGGGGAUGCCAACCCCCAUUACAAAGCCGCCGUGACUGGAGUCGCGAAUGCCAAUCACAACCCUAACCUCCACCGUAACAUUGCCAUGGAGCAGAACCACGCAGCAUGGUCCUACUUCAAGGUCGCCUUCCUCAUGUUCAGCGCCCUCUUCAUCGUCUGGGUCCCGUCGACCAUCAACCGCAUCCAGCAGUUCGUCGAUCCGGCCCACCCAAGGUUCGGUCUCACCCUGGCCUCUGCUCUCGUCCUCCCUCUUCAAGGCUUCUGGAACGCAAUGGUCUACGUAUCCACGACGUGGCCCGAAUGUAAGCGUGCCUGGCGCGACCUCUACGGCCGCAUCACCGGCCGCAAACCAUCCGCAGCGCGAUCCGACAUUGGACGCAACGACCUCCAUCGCACACGGACGGGUAGCGAAACGCAGGAAUUCGACUCCAUUGAUGCGGUUGCGCUAAGGGAGGCCCUGAAGCAGGGGAAUGAGCUGCAGCGGAGUGAAGAGUCCAUCACGUAUGCCGCGAAGACGCAUCAUCAUAUGGAUUCCCGAUAAUUCCCAUAUUUUCCUUUUUCCUUUAUCGUCCAUGUUUUGCGCUGUGCUGUGCCGUGGUGCGACCGGCCUCCUUGCAGGCUCAACAUUCUCUUCGAAUUCUCCUAUUUUCUCAUUCUCUUGAUGAAAGAACCUCAUGCCUGCGGGGACUUUGAACCGUAUAUCUUUUAAUUUUUUUUCCUUGGGUUUGUGUGGUCUUGAGGACACGUGGAUAUACCCCGACGGAAUUGCACGAAUUGGAGGACUUUUGUAUGUUUGGUUCUUUAAUGUGUCUUCCUUCCU